GCUAGUAGUGGAUUACUAGUUCCUCUCGUCGUCUGAUUCCCGAUCAGAGGAAGCAACUGCUGACAGAUGAGGGAGGAUGAUCGAUGAAGACAUGGGAAAGUUGGGGAGACGUCGCCGUCGCAGGCUCGUCCUCUCAAGCCUGUCCGGGCUGUCUCUCCUUUUAGUUUAAGCUCCCCGUCUCGAAGCCAAGCAAUGGUAGCCUGCGUGCGCGCCCACAACCCCACGUCGCCCCCGCCAAUCACACCGCACGAACUGCGAGCGCGACAGCGUCACCGCGACGUCGCCUCGUGGGUAGCUCACUUCCGCACCGCAACCGCCGUUUCUUUAUAUCCCUCGGGUGCGUCCGCCUCGAGGCAGCUGGUGGCAUCGGAUUUUGGAUCAGGCCGAGAACUGCUCCACCAGCUAGCCGCCCGGCGUCCCGGCUCCGUUCGAAUUCGGAUUGAUCGGGUCGCGCCAUGGACGGCGAGUGGAGCGACGGGGCGGCGGUGUCGUCGCCGACGGUGUCCGGCGGCGAGGGCAAGGUUGGUCCGGUACGUGGUGUUCCGGCGGACGAUUGCCCCGGGUCGCCGGCGUCCCCAGCAGCGCCGUCGACGGCGGCGCCAGCUGCGAGCGGGAGGCGGCGGUCGGCGAACAAGCGGGUGGUGAACGUGCCGCUGGCCGACGUGAGCGGCCCGCGGCCCAAGGGCGUCGGCGAGGGCAACACGCCGACGGACUCGUGGGCGUGGCGCAAGUACGGCCAGAAGCCCAUCAAGGGCUCCCCUUUCCCGAGGGCUUACUACAGGUGCAGCAGCAACAAAGGGUGCCCGGCGAGGAAGCAGGUGGAGCGAAACCGGGCGGAGCCGGACAUGGUGAUCGUCACCUACUCCUUCGAGCACAACCACUCCAACGCGGUGCCAAAGGCGCAGCAGAACCGCCCGGCACCGAAGCCCAAGCCCCAGCCGGCCCCGCCGGAGCCGGCGGAUUCUCUGUCAUCCGGCAGCCACGAAGUCGCCGCCACGGCCUGCGCCGGCGCGCUUGCGACGACAGAGGGCGGCGCGGCGGCGGCGGCCGUCGAGGUUCACGACGACUUCCGGUGGCUCUACGACGGCGUGUCCGUCACCUCGUCGACGUCGCCCUCCGACGUCGACGCGGCGGACGAGAUGCUGUACGGGACGAUGUUCUUCGGCGCCGCGCAACCCGCGCCGCUCCCCGACGAGUUCGGCGACGUCGCCGGGCUGUUCGACGGAGGAGUGGGCGAGGAGGACGCGAUGUUCGCGGGGCUCGGCGAGCUCCCCGAGUGCGCCAUGGUGUUCCGGCGGCACGCCGGCGACGGGCUGCCGAUGUCGGGCGGGGUGAAGGUCGAGCAGCCGGCGGAGAGCACAGCCAUGUCGUGAUGCGGCCCGGCCUGACACCCGGGGCCGGCCGGGCUCCAAUAAAACCAGACAAACUUAUGUAGAGCUUCUUCCUCUUGAUCUAUCUACUUUUGGCUCCUUGCUCUCCUCCCUUUUGUCACUUAGUUUCUCUUGCAUCCUUCUUUGAUUGGUUCUCAUAACCAUGCACAAAAUAGCGCAUAGAAAAAAUUUGAGGCAUUUGCCAUUGAACAUAGUUGAUUUGGUGUGGUGGUGAGUGAGGGCAUUGAGAAGGACACACGGAUCUUUUUUUU